GGGAGAGGAGAGGGGAGGGAGCAGGUCCAAGCCCAGCUUGCGAAGCACCCAGCCAGCACUCAGCGAUGCCUGUGCCAAGAGCCAGCUUUCUUAAAGCCAUGGGCCCCGGGGGGGGACACGGCUUCGAAGGCGGAGGGGAGCCGUCGAGCAAGGGCUGGGAAGCACAGAGGGGAGCCCUCAGGCUCCUGGGGUCACCAUGGAAAUAAUUUACCUGCGCACACCCCUGGCCUUCCUUCUUCUCCCUCUUGUUGUGCUUGGGGCACCCACUGAUGAACCCAGCCUCACAGAACCAGCCCCUGGUGCUUGCAAGCGCUGUUGUGACCCACUGGACUCUUCCACAGAUGCCCCACCGCUCCCUCCCAGCCACCACCACUUGCCCUACCCAAUGCCGGAGGUCCGUCCCUAUAUCAACAUCACCAUACUGAAGGGAGAGAAAGGAGACCGGGGAGAGCCUGGGAUGCCAGGGAAAUGGGGCAAAGAAGGACCACGAGGCGAGCGGGGUGCCCAGGGCCAGAAAGGCAGUAAAGGACAGAUGGGCACAGCGGGAGACCCCUGCAAACAUCAGUAUGCUGCAUUCUCCGUUGGUCGCAAGAAAGCUCUGCACAGCAGCGAGGGCUUCCAGGUCUUGAUCUUCGACACUGUCUUUGUCAACCUCUACAGCCACUUCGACAUGUUUAAUGGCAAAUUCUACUGCUAUGUAGGUGGACUUUACUAUUUCAGCCUCAACGUCCACACCUGGAACUUCAAGGAGACCUACAUGCACAUCAUGCACAAUGAAGAAGAAGCAGUCAUCUUGUAUGCCCAACCCAGCGACCGCAGCAUCAUGCAGAGCCAGAGCCUCAUGCUGGAGCUUCAGGAAAAUGAUGAGAUCUGGGUGAGGCUCUACAAGCGGGAGCGGGAGAAUGCCAUUUACAGUGAUGAUGUUGAUGUGUACAUCACCUUCAAUGGGUACCUGGUCAAACCCAGCCUUGAUUAA